AUGUCCGACGCGGUUUCGAGAGACAUCGGCCCCGCGGUGCUGUCGCAGCUCGAUAACGAGGCCGUGCGAACAUACCGGAUGAGCUACCGGAGGUUCCGCAAGGGAGACAGCAGGGGGUCGAGGGGCGAGGAUCCUGAGGCUCCAGCCGACCACGUCGUCCCGGACGAGCUCGUGCCCGAGGUAGACGGUGACCAUGGUGUCCCCGGCCUUAGCGCGGCUGAGAUCUUCAACGCGGAGAUGUUCGACGCCUUGAGCCGGUACCGUAUGGACUACCGCCGGCACCGCAUGGGGGCGGCGCGCGGAGCUAAGGGAGAGAUCACCGCGCUGGCCAUGGGCCCCACGUCUUUGACCGGGAACAAGCGGAGCUCGAUGAAGCUCCCCGUAGGUCAGCUGUCGGCCUUGGCGGCCUUCAGGAAGGCUGCCCUGCAUGCCGCGGUGGCUCGCCUGACGACGUUCCACGUGCACAUCGGCGCGGGAAGGCUUGGCCUUGGACUGGUCAUUCCUGCCAUCCACGCUAGCGGAAAGCCUUAUGCCAUCGUCCAGCGGCCGUCUAGAAGCUGGGCUGCGGUUACGGACAAGGAGGGCACGGAGGUGGGCCUGAAGGUGAACGGAGAGCCCACGAUCGAGAAGAUGGACGUCCUGAAGAACGGGAUGGUGGGAGGUGUUGCGGCGCUCCCGGGGGGCGGUCUCGGGGAAGAAUCCCGAGUGUUUGCCUGCACGGACGAGGCCGAAUCUCUCAAGGCGCUGGCCGAGCGAGCGACCACCUUCAGCAUCUCGCUGGGUCCCUCGAUGUCGGACGUGGUCCUGCCCCUGCUGUCCUGCAUCGAGCCCAAGGCGGACGGGGAGCGGCCAGCCCUGUACGCCUGCGAAAACGACCACGAUGCCGUGCACAAGCUCCAGGAGGCCCUAGAGGGUCGUGUGGACGUCGUGUCUUGCAUGGUCGACCGCAUCUGCACGGAGCGGACCAUCACGGCGGACUGGAUAGAGAUGGGCACCGAGCCCUCGAGCGGCGAGAUCGUCGUGAUCGCGCCGCCGCAGGGAGCCCCGCUGCCCCCCUUCAAGGGAGACCACGUCCAGAUCCCACGAAUUCCGGCCGAGGCCGAGUACUUCUGCCGUCGCAAGAUCCUCCUAGUGAAUGGCAUGCACACCACGCUGGCCUUCAUCACGCUGUGCAAGCUCGAGAGCGGGGUACUGCAGGGGGACGGGUGGAAGGAGCAUAUCUUAGUCACGCCGGCCACCGCCACGGAACAGGAGAACGCCUUGGUGUGGAGGUGGGCGGUGGCGCGGGUGAUGUACGUCAUGUGGGAGCAUGAGCCGGACAUCAUCAAGGCGGCUCAUAACAUCAACACGGAUGAAGAGUUAUGCCGUACCCUGCUGAGAUACGCCAAGACCACCCUGGGGAGAUUCAGUGGGGUCGAAGACAAGGCCGGGAGGGUGCUAGGCGGAGGCGUGGCCAACCGUUUCGAGGGAAGGCUCAACAUGAUUAAGUCGUUCUUGGAGAACGAACCGCCCAUGCGAACAGGUCUCCGCGCCAAGCUCUUGAAGCUCGCCGGGGUGAAGGAGUCGGACAUGAGGGAGGCGGUAAGGUCGCUGGUCGAGCAGAGCUCCCGGUUCGUAGGAGUGAAGGUCAACAAGCCGGCCGCCAAGGUCGUCGUGACGUGAAAAAAAGUGCGAAUCGUCCCGGUCGUUGCAGCCGGGUGUAUUUAUACGCUUGGGGUCGUUGUUUUGGAUGUGCGCGCAGAAAUCAAUCGAGGGGCGAGUCCGCCCCCGGCCCCGAUGGUGUUCGGUACAACCAACACGGUUGGUUUGGGAUUUGCGGAGAGACGAGGGUGAACAAUUUCCAUGACCCGUGGGCCAUGGCCAUCGAGAAGAUGCAGGCGGACUGCAGUUGCUGCUUGAGAUACCCGUUCUGUCUUCUCACAAUAGGUAUGUACGGCAUGCAUUCCCCCAAAACAAUCUCUAGUGAAUUCCGCGAAAUAUCCCACGUUUUGUUCAAUGAUAUAUUGAACGUUCGGGAGAACGAUGUGAUGUGGUGCAAGUCGUGGCCCAUUCCGCGAUUGGUUCCAAGUAAUGUGGUAAGGCGAAUGAACGGAGACCGAGCGACACCUGUGGUAUGCGAAAACGUCAGAGGUAGGCCGCUGAUGGUUUGAGAUGUUCCGAGUGAAAUGAAUUGCU